AAAAUAUUAAAAAAAAAAAACACAAAAAAAAAAAAAGAAAAAAAAGAAAGAAGCAAAAAGAAAACUGAGAAAAUGCUGAGUUUGAGACAAGCCAAUACGCUUUCAGUGGCAGUGGCGCGAACACAAUUCAACGCCAUCACCAUGUACAAUACAAGAAGCUUCUCUUCCAAAUCCCUUCAACCCAAAAGGGACCCAAACCCAGGCUCUGAAUCUUCCGGUGGCGUUCGUGUUUUCGUUAGGAAAAGGAGAGUAAAAGAGACGGUUGAGGCAAAUCCUCUGCAUGAACAGAAACUUUCUUCACUCCCUGACAUUGAAGAGUUCGCAUACAAAAAGGUAGAUGGAUCUGCCGGCUCAAAUGAUUUUACAGUUGAGUCAGAAUCUGCCUUGAGUGUGCUUCCUGUGGGAGCUGAAGUAACUUCAUCGAUUAGGCCAACAGGUGAGUCACCUGUUCACUGGCAAGAAGUCCUGGAAGGGAUUCGUAAAAUGAGGUCUUUUGAAGAUGCACCUGUAGACACUAUGGGAUGUGAAAAAGCUGGAAGUGUUCUCCCCCCUAAGGAAAGAAGAUUUGCUGUCUUGGUAUCUUCACUUCUAUCAAGCCAAACUAAAGAUCAUGUUAAUCAUGGAGCAAUUCAACGUCUCCUGCAAAAUGGGCUGCUCACUGCUGAUGCAAUUGUCAAGGCUGAUGAAGAAACAAUUAAAGGCUUGAUUUAUCCGGUAGGAUUUUAUACAAGAAAAGCAAGUAACCUGAAGAAAGUUGCAGAAAUUUGUCUGACAAAGUAUGAUGGGGAUAUUCCUAGCUCAUUGGAGGAGCUACUUUCGCUUCCAGGGAUAGGUCCUAAAAUGGCUCAUUUGGUCAUGAAUGUUGGUUGGAACAAUGUUCAAGGGAUAUGUGUGGAUACUCAUGUGCACCGCAUUUGUAACCGGCUUGGAUGGGUGUCUCGACCAGGCACAAAACAGAGGACUUCAACACCGGAGGAAACAAGAGUGGCACUGCAAAUGUGGCUACCGAAGGACGAAUGGGUUCCAAUAAACCCUCUUCUGGUUGGAUUUGGACAAACCAUUUGUACUCCCCUCAGACCACGUUGUGGGGAAUGCAGUGUAAGUGAAUUCUGUCCAUCUGCAUUCAAAGAGACUUCAAGCCCAUCUUCUAAGUCAAAGAAGUCUAGAACAAGCAAGAAGCUCUCUCAAGGGAAUUGAUUUUUCCAUUUUUCUCUUUAUGUAUAUUAAUCUACUAAGGAAACUUGGAAAAGCAAGAAACUCUCGUUAGGGGAAUUGAUUUUUCGAUUUUCCCAUUUGUACAUUUAUUUAGUUUGAAAAACUAAUCUAGCUGGCAAACUUUUUUUUUUUUUAA